AAAUUCCCACCUCCCAAAUCCAACCUCUCGCCCUCGGAUUUCAAAUUCUGCGAUUUGGGUUUUGAUCUCCUGUCCAGACCGAAAAAUGGGUGCCUUGUCGACCAUGCUCAAACACCCCGAUGACAUUUACCCGCUUCUGAAGCUCAAAAUUGCAUCGAGGCAAAUCGAAAAGCAGAUCCCGGCAGAGCCCCAUUGGGCUUUCUGCUACACGAUGCUCCAGAAGGUCUCUCGUAGUUUCGCUCUCGUUAUUCAACAGCUCGGUACAGAGCUCCGCAACGCUAUCUGUCUAUUUUACCUGGUUCUUCGAGCUCUAGACACUGUCGAGGAUGAUACAAGCGUUGCAACAGAUGUCAAAGUCCCUAUCUUGUUAGCAUUUCAUCGGCACAUAUAUGAUCCCGAUUGGCAUUUUGCAUGUGGUACAAAGAAUUACAAAGUUCUCAUGGACGAGUUCCAUCAUGUUUCAACUGCUUUUUUGGAACUCGGGAAAGGUUAUCAGGAGGCAAUUGAGGAUAUUACCAAAAGAAUGGGUGCAGGAAUGGCAAAAUUUAUCUUGAAGGAGGUAGAAACCAUUGAUGACUAUGAUGAAUACUGCCACUAUGUGGCAGGACUUGUUGGUUUAGGUUUGUCCAAGCUCUUCCAUGCUGCUGGUAAGGAAGAUUUGGCCUCAGACUCUCUCUCAAAUUCAAUGGGCUUAUUUCUUCAGAAAACAAACAUCAUUCGGGAUUAUUUGGAGGAUAUUAAUGAGAUACCAAAGUCACGCAUGUUUUGGCCACGCCAAAUCUGGAGUAAAUAUGUCAAUAAACUUGAGGACUUGAAAUAUGAGGAAAACUCAGAGAAGGCAGUGCAAUGCUUAAACGACAUGGUAACUAAUGCUUUGAUACAUAUGGAAGAUUGCUUGAAGUACAUGGCUGCAUUAAGAGAUCCUGCUAUAUUUAAAUUUUGUGCCAUCCCUCAGAUCAUGGCAAUUGGCACCCUAGCAUUGUGCUACAACAACAUUGAGGUCUUCAGAGGCGUAGUCAAAAUGAGGCGAGGUCUUACAGCAAAAGUUAUUGACAGAACAAAAUCAAUGGAUGAUGUCUAUGGUGCUUUCUUUGAUUUUUCUUCCAUUCUAAAGUCUAAGGUUGACAAGAAUGAUCCUAAUGCAACAAAAACAUUGAGCAGAGUGGAAGCGGUACAGAAAUUAUGUAGAGACUCUGGAGCUCUGAGCAAAAGAAAAUCUUACAUUGCCAACCACGAACAAAGCUACAGUUCAACUCUGAUUGUGGCGUUGUUUAUUAUAUUGGCAAUCAUUUACGCUUAUCUCUCUGCUAGCCCAAGAAUCUAAUGUUUUGCAUUUCCUGAAUAUUCUUCAACAAAAAUGGCUGGUUACAAAAGUACAUGCCUCAUUGAUUACAUUAGUUUCUUAUGCAUGCAAUAAUGGAAGUGCCGCUGCUGCCGUUGUAUAUUCGAUAUACAGUUGCCCUGAAAUAUGCCGGAGCUUUCGACACCAUUUAGCAUAGGUACUGUUGCCAAACCUUUGGGAGUUCUUUGGAGGAGUUUAGAAGCUAAGACAUCGUUCCACUUUGAAAAAGAAGAGAAUACCUUUUUAUAUGGAAGUAAUGUAGAUUUAUUAUUAACUUGGGAUGUUCCGGUCCAAAUUUAUCAUUAAGUAAGUUUGCUUGGACUCUCGCUUUUAGCCGCGUUUUCAACCAAAAGUAAUGUAGAAUUUGAUUCUUGUAUACAAUAAUGGCAAUGCUUAUUUGGUAUUCUAUACCCAAUGCUAAGACGCUUCAUUUGUUUUGUCA